UGGAAGAGGAGCAGCAACAUCGACUUUUUGGGCUUUUGGAACAGUGUCUUUUAGACUCCAGCGAUGCUCUCCUUUUCAAACCCACCCCUUCUCUACCUGACUGUCCUGCUCUUUGUGUGUUACCACUCCCCUGUUCUCUCCUGUGGUAUUGGGACCUUCAGCCAGUGUCAGUCCGCUCCCUUUGUACCAGGCCACAACCUGGUGGGGGAGGGCUUUGAUGUGGUCACCCUGCAGCGUAAAGGAGCCUACAUGAUCGACGUAAAAACUUUCCUCUCCCCAGCUGGCAACUGUACUCUCUGCUCCAACCCUCUUCAAAACAACGAGCUGCAGAAACUGCCAGUCUCUGUAGUGGACUGGCGGGCGUUCAGCCGAUGCAAUGCCGACCUCUACAGCAGUGCACACACCUCUGUCAGCUCACUGAUUAACACUUACACCUCCCAGGACAGUAACGACUGGAAGGUUGGCCUAGAUUUAGACAAGUUUGUAUCUGCUAACCUGGAGGUGGGAGGAACACGCUCCACAGCCUAUAAAUUUGCUACAGAACGGACCAGAGAGGACCGCUACUUCUUCAGCACUCACAGGAUCACCUGCAGCCAUUAUGGAUACCGUGUGUCACUCAUACCGCCACUCAGCUCCGAGUUCAGAGAGGAUUUGGCCAGGCUGCCGAGUCUCUAUGACUCGUCCACCAGGGCUCAGUACAGUGAUCUCAUACAUACCUAUGGCACACACUUCAUCCGCCAGGUUUAUCUUGGGGGGCGACUCAGGCGAGUCACAGCUGCACGUACCUGUUUGUCAUCACUGAAUGGGCUCUCUUCGAAUGAGGUCAACUCCUGCUUAUCACAUGGUGUUUCUGUAGGCCUGGGGAAGUUGAAAUUAUCUGGUAGCCAUCAGUCUUGCAAAGCAGUGCUACAGAACCAGGACGUCUCCACAUGGUACAGCUCCGGUCUCCAUCAACACUAUACAGAGGUGAUAGGAGGCAGUGGUUGGUUGGGGGAGUUUUCACUCACUCAUAAUAACUCCCUGGAAUAUCAGAAUUGGCUGAAGACCCUUAAGAAUCAGCCGGAUGUCGUUUCGUACUCCCUCAGGCCAAUAUAUGAGCUGGUGCCAAAUGUGACACAGAAGGCAGGGAUGAAGGCGGCCAUAGAGCAGUACUUAGAAGACAAUGCUGUGAAGAAUUCACCCAAAGAACAACAUUGUGGGGGGCACACUCCUAACCUGGCUUCCAACUGCUGUCCUCAAAAGGCCUCGAGGGGAACACUGGAGGUGACCAUCAUCCGAGCCUGGAAUCUGAAAGGGGAUCCAACUGGCAAGACUGAGAGCUAUGCUAAGAUGUGGUACGGGUCCUCCUAUCACAGGACUCAUGUGAUCCGGUCAAACAACCCCUGGUGGAAUGCUCGUUAUUAUCUGGGCAAGGUGGACACACACUUGGAUUUGAAGAUCGAGGUCUGGGACAAGGAUGUCACUUAUGAUGACCGAUUGGGAGCAUGUGUGAAGAAGCUGAUGCGGGGGUCACACACAUUCAGCUGCUCGGCCAAGAGAGGCGGCUUUGAGGUCAAGUACAUUCUCACCUGCGACCCUUACCUGACCGGAGACAGGUGUAACCAAUACAAACCAUCUCCACAGUGA